AUGUAUUUUUGUUUUUUUAAUAAAUAUAAUUUAAAAAUUUUAGAAAAAAAAUUAUUAUUAUUUUUUAAAUAUAAUAUAAGUUUUAAAAUAUUACAUGAAUUAUUAUAUUUAGGUUUUGAAUAUAGUUUUUUAUAUAAUUAUUCAUUAAAUUUAAAUGAUUUUUUAAAUUUUAUAUAUUUAUUAAUUAUAUAUAAAAAUAAAAUUAAUAAUAUAUAUAAUUAUAAAUAUUAUGAAAUAAAAUAUAAUUAUAUAAAUAUUUUUUUAAAUAAUUAUUAUUAUACACAAAUAAUUAAUAAAAUUCAAAUAAUAUUAAAUUAUAAUAUGUAUUUUAAAAUUAAUCCUAUUUAUUCUAAUUUAUUUUUAUUUUUUAAUAAUAAAAUUAAAAUAAAAUAUUCUCAAUUACAACAAUUAAUAGGAUAUAAAGGUUAUAUUUCAAAUAUAAAAGGAAUAAUUUAUGAAAAACCAAUUAUAAAUAAUUAUAUAAAUGAGUUUAUUAUAUAUGAAUAUAUUUUAUCUUGUUAUGGUUCUAAAAAAGGAGUAAUGGAUACAGCUUUAAAAACUGCAGAUUCAGGUUAUUUAACUAAACGUUUAGUUAAUAUAACUAAUAAUUUUAUAAUAAAAGAAUUAAAUUGUAAAUCUCCCUUUAUAUUUAGAUAUUUAUGUAAUAUAGAUAUAUAUGGUAAUAUAAUAUUACCAUUAAAUAUUUUACAAUUUAAAAUAUUACAAAAUAGUAUUAUAAAUAUUAAUAAAGGUGUAUUUAUAAAUUUAAAAAAUAUUUAUAUUACUAAAUAUAUAUUAAAUAAAAUAUUAAAUUUAUAUUAUAAUAAUUAUAUAAAUUUAAAAAUAAAAUCUAUAUAUUUAUGUACUAUUUUUAAUAAUAUUUGUAAUAAUUGUUUAAAUUAUAAACAAUUAUAUAAAUAUAAUUUUGGUCAACAUAUAGGAGUUAUAUCUAGUGAAGCAAUAAGUGAACCUAGUACUCAAAUGAUUUUAAGAACUUUUCAUAUUAGUUCAAUUUUAGAAACUAAAUUUAAUUAUAAUAUUUUAAAAAAAUUUCAUAUUUUUAAAUUAUAUUUAUAUAAAUUAAAAAUGAAUAAAUUAUUUAAAUUAAUAUUUAAUUUUAAAAAAUAUAAAAAUAAUAAAUUUAAUUUAAUAUUUAUAAUAAAUAAAAUAAUAUUUAAUUAUAAAUAUUUAAAUAAUUUUUUUAAAAAUUAUAUUAUAUGUAAUAAAUUUAUUAAACAUAAUUUUAUAUAUAAUUCAAUUUCUAAAAAUUUUAAAUAUAAUUUAUAUAAUAUAAUUAUUAAAUAUUUAAAUAAUAUUGUAAAAUAUUAUAAUUAUAAUAUAGUACAAUUAUUAAUAAAAAAUUUAUAUAAUAAAUGGAUUAUAUAUAAUUUAUAUACAUAUUAUUUAUAUUAUAAAUAUAUAAAAUUAUAUAAUAUUAAUAAAAAAGGUAUUAUUUAUAAUUUUAAUAUUAAUAAAAAGUAUAAUAUUAUAUAUUUUAUAAAAAAUUUUAUUAAUUUUUAUUCAUAUUAUUAUGUUAAUAAAUAUAAUAAUAUUAUUUUAAAUUCUAAUUUUUUAUUAAUGAAAAAUAUUUUAAAUUUAAAAUUAAAAAAUAUUAAAAUAAAUAAAUUUAUAAAAAAUUUAUAUAAUAAAAUUAAUAUUUAUAUAAAUAAUAUAAAGAAAAAUAAUAAUUAUAUUAAAAUAUUAAAUUUAAAUAAGUAUAAUUUUAUUUUUAUUUAUGAAAUAAUAAGGUAUAAUUGGUAUAAAUAUUUAUUAUUAAAUAAUAAAUAUAAUUUAUUUAUUGUAUAUAAUAAUAAUAUAAAAUAUUUAUAUAAAUGUAAUAUUAAAACUAAUUUGUAUUUUAUUAAAAAUUUAUAUUUUAUUAAUAAUAAUUUUAUAAAUAAUUAUAUUUUAUAUACUUAUAAAUAUAAUUUAUAUAAUAAUCAAAUUAAUAAUAUAUAUGAAUAUAAAAAAAAUAUUAUAAAUAUAUUAAAUAAUAAAUUUUAUAAUAAAAUUUAUUAUAAUUAUAAUAAUUAUAAUAAUAUAUAUAAUUUAUAUUUAAAUGAUAUAACAAUAGGAUUACAAUCCAUUAAUAUUAUAUUUGAAAAUAAAAAUAUUAAAAAUAAUAUAUUUUUUAUUUCAAAUAAUGUUUAUAUUAUUUUUUAUAUAAAAUAUUAUAAUUAUUUAAAUAAUAUUAUAUAUAUAUAUAAUGUAUUUAAUAUUAAUAAAAUUAAUUAUUUUAAUUAUAAAUUAAAUUUUUAUUCAUAUAUAUUUGAAGAUAUAAGUUCUAUUUUAUAUGGUGGAUAUUCAUUAAAUACAAAUUUUUAUUCAAUAAAUAAUAAUUUACAAUUUUAUUUUAAAUAUUUAUUAAUUAAUAUAAAUAUUUAUCAAUCUAUUAAAAGUUCUUAUAUAUAUAUAUAUAAUAUUUUAAUUGAAUCUAUAUUAAAACAAUAUAGUUAUCAAAAUAUUUAUUUACCUUCUAUAUAUUUUGAACUUAUUAUAAAAAAAAUGUUAUCAUGUAUUAAAGUAAUAUCUAAUAAUUUUAAAAUAUUUAAAUAUAAUGAUAUAAUACCUUUAUAUUUAAUUAAUAUUAUUAAUUAUUCUUUAAAUUUAAAUAAAUAUUAUAUAUAUAAAUAUGAACCUAUUAUUUUAGGAAUUACAAAAUCUAUUUUGGCUAAUUCAGGAUUUUUAACAAAUAUAAGUUUUCAAAAUACUUUAAAAGUGUUAAGUUUAAAUAUUUUAAAUAAUAAAAUUGAUUGGUUAAUUGAUAUUAAAUCAAAAAUAAUGAUAACUGAUUUAUUACCUAUAGGUAAUGGAUGGUAUAGAUAUUUAACAAAUUAA